UCUCAGAGCUCCUCCUCGAGAAAAAUCGGAGGGGAAAAGGGUUUAAGUCAAGGGUUUAUCCAUCGAAAUGUUUCCGGAAAAUCCAGAUUCUGAUCAAAGCAUAUCAGAAGAAGAAGAUUGGCCUGAGAAUUGUAUGUCAUUAGGUGGAGCUACUGAGAAGAAGGAGGGAUUUCAAAUUCAAUCACAGCUUGAGUUGCUCAUAGGUACAUAUGAAGCGGAUCACGGAAGGAAAACAGCAAAUUUGUCACAUGAGAAGCAAACAGGUUUCUCUUUUGAAGAUGAUGAUGGGGGUCACUUGAUCCUCUCUCCAAGGAAGGGAUCUAAAUGCGACUCAGAGGAAGAGAGGAUCUAUGAUGAUGAGGGAAACAAAUUCUCAACUUUUCCCCUCAACUCUGGGGCUAAAAAUUUCAAGAAAGUUGAUCUUCACAAAUUUGGAAGUGAAAAGCAAGAUGGAGACACAUGGUCUGCAGUAACUAAAGAAACUGAGGAACUAGUUCACUUAAAUGAAAAUGCUGGGUGUUCAUCAUCCCAUGUGUCCUAUUCCAGGGGAAACAAAUUCUCUAAAGGUGGCAAAACUAAAGCCAAGCCCAAAUUUUCGUUCCGCUUUCAGUCGAAUAAGGAAGAUUCAUUUGGGCCUUUUAUUACUAAUGAAAAAGGCAGCAGGUCAUCCGAGGUUGAUCAGGUGCCUGAAGGACUAGAAGCUAUUGAACAUAAAACCAUGGAAGGUGCAAUAGCUGAGUUUGUGGAUGAUUUUCAUGGAGAAAAGUUAAAGGAGACUGAGAUUCAUGCAGUGCAAGGUGACCGAACAGUUGGACAUGGUUGUAGCAAGUAUUCAGUGGCUGAGCUUCUAAAUGACCUCCAGGAAAAAAAUGGGCUGCUGGGAGGGAAAUCUAAAAUGUGUUGUAGAAGAAAAGGCAGAAGGGUACAGCUUGUUAUUAAGAAAAAUAUUUCCACAUCAGAAGAUAGAACCAUGCAAAAUGAAGACCCAGAUGAGCCUAUGGCUAGUGGACCAUCGACUGAUGAUGAGGCCAAUAUGCAAACUACAAGGCUUAAUGUCUCAGAAGCUGAAAGAAAAACUAUGGCAGAUAGAUUUCAUGAUGCUCUAGGUGCAGCCUCUGUAAAUGAUGAGGCUUCCCUUUUUGUGGUGCCUAAACCAUCGGGCACUGGGUUGUUUGGAAAGUUGCAGCGAGUAAUGCAGAGUGAAAAGGAAAGAGACAUGAAUUUCUUGAAGAAGUUACAAAUAGGAGCUAGUCCAAAUUAUGAAGCAAGCUGCAUUGAUGUGAAAAUCCUGUCACGGUUCUUUGAGGCGAAGCUGACUGUUUGCAAUUGCUCUUUGGUUGAAAAUGAAGAGAGUUCCCAACAGGGAGAGAGCUACCAAAUAUUGAAGGAAUGCCGAAGAAGGCUAAAUACAGUCAUCUUUAGCUCAAGAACUUGUGGUGAUGUUGAGCUUGAGGUUGCGAAUUUGAUCCGUAUUCAUCCCCCCUGGAAAGAGGUACAAGUAACAGGAAGCGACAAGAUAAUCAUCUUGGCUACAUAUUUCUCCCAGAUGUCAAUUUGAUCAGUCUGGUUUCACCAAAGGAAAAAGGGAUUGUAGCAUGACAGACCAUGAUGGUGUUGUACAAGAAUUCUACUAAAUCAAGGAGGAAUAAGACAUUGAAGGGCAACACUUUACAUGGAUUUACUCGAAAAGAUGGAGCAUCUCCUAAGAAUGCAAUUCAAAGGCAUUGAGCUCACCCCAACUUGGAAAUGUCAAAUUUGGGUUGGGAAAUUUCAAUUAUGUAAUUUUGAAUAUCUCAUUCAACUUCACCAAACAAAGAAAUAUGCUAAUAUUUGAUGUAAUACAACUAUUUUCUUACAUUUCUAUUUU